GUAGGGAGGGGGCUGUGUUGCGGGUGUCUGGGGGGCAGGGGGCUGUCCAGGGUCCCCGCGUGCUGGCGGAGGGGCGCUAGGGUCGGUCCGGGGUUGCCCAGGCUCUGUGGGGCAGGGGUCCCGUGGGGCAGUUCUGUGGCAGUGCAGGUGUGUGGGGCAAGGGCCAUGCAGAAGGAGGAGCUGGGUAUAGACGAGAACCGCGACCCCGAGCCAGAACCGCGGCUGCUGGGGCUGAAGAAGGAAAAGAGCCGACCCGAGGGGCAGCUGCACAACCUCACCAACCGCAUCCCAGCAGGCACCUGGGAGUCCAACGGCCACGGCCCGGAGGCUGCGGAGGGGGGCGCCCCCCUGAGCCCCUCCAACACCCUCAACAUCCGCAACCUGCAGCUGUCGGAGCACGAGGCGGGGCCGCCCGCCCCCCACCGCUACCCCCACCGCUACCACCCCCACCCCCGGCCCUUCCAUGCCGCCCACCGCCGCAGCUACCGCCCCGGGGCCAAGGAGUGGGGGCCCAGCGCCAAUGGGCACAGCCCCGGGGAGGGGCGGGGGGGCUGGGCCGGCCGCCGGCGCCCCUUCCCUGAGCCCCCCCGCAGCCCGGAGCGCACCGGCCCCGCCCCGCAGGAUGCCGAGAAGGCGCCGGAGCCUUGGGCCCUGUUCCGCCCGCCGCCAGCGUUCCCCGUGGACAGCAGCCGCGCCCGCACCCUCCCCAAGAUCAGCUACGCCAGCAAGCUGAAGGAGAACCUGGAGCGCCAGCCGGCCCGUGUGCCAGCCUCCGCCCUGCGCACUGCCGGCCCCCUGCCCAACGGCUCCCCCGCGCCGCCGGCCGAGCCCCAGCUGGGGGCCAUCUUCCAGAACCAGUGGGGGCUGUCCUUCAUCAACGAGCCGGGCGCCGGCCAGCAGCAACCCCCCCCCACGGCACCCACUGCAGGCCAGAGCAGGGACUGCUGGCAACAGAUGAGCCACAAGGACUGGGAGGAGGCACGGGACUAUCACGCGGAAGCAUGGGAUCAUAUAUGGAAGCUGCACAGUCAAGCUCCCAGCAGAAUCACCGUCUACGCUGACCCCCUGGAUGGCAAGGGUUAAACGGGGGGCCUCCCGCGCUGUGAGCCAGGCAGGGCCGGGACAGGACCUCCCCCACGAAGACUUGACCUCAAGACUCACCCCAGCUGGGCAUGGCGCGGAGCCGGUGGGAUCCAUGGGGAGACCCAGCCCCGUGUCUAUCCCCUGGCUCCCCGGUCCCAGGCCGUCCGUCCCUUGUGCGCAGCCCCCCCCCUUUUGCGGUUUGACAACGGUUUUAGUCUCCCUCUUCAUCCCGGUUUUUUGUUCCAUCUCCAGCGAGCUGUGGCUCGGGGCCGCUGCAGAUUAAAGGCAAAAUGAAUUUAUUUAAAUUCA